GAGGGGAGGAGCCGCAACCGGUGCAUCGCACAUCGACUCCACCAGAUCAUCGGAGGCAGCCCUGCUACACCAUGAAACAAACAGGAUGGUGUCUUUCACAGCCUGCUCCGUACUGAUACAACAGUACAGAGGAGUCAUUUAAUGAGUAUUUACUGGGUCACCGUGGACCGAGCAUUAAUGCACACGUUUGGAUCAAGCUGUAUGCUAUCUAGCACCAGACGAAUUGUGUUUCCGAUAGCAGUUUGUUGCCCCGUGUGGAUUUGACGUCUGUUCUGCUGGAUGUUUGGGAAAAACCAAGUGAAAGAGGUUGCCAUCAUUGUCCUACAAGAUGGAGUGCUUAACCGAACUGGAGAAGUAUAAGAAGUGUGACUUCGUAUCAGAGAGCAUACUACUCUGAGUUGGUUUGCCCCAGUGUUGCAGCUGCCUUCAAGCUGCUUAACAUCAGCUCUGUCUCAAAAUGAGUGAUCUGUUGGAUCAAGAGCUCAGGAAAGAUGUGAAAGAUUGUUCGAUCAAGGUUGAAAACCUCCCGAAGCAAGUUAUAUUCAAAGGCCUUGCGCCUAGGGUCAUAUUGACAAACCAUCUUCUGCCUAAAGGAACCAAAGCGAAGGUAAACCUUGAGGAACAGGGUCGACAAAAGGUCUCCUUCAGCUUCACACAGAUAAAGAAAACACGUCAAAAUGUAUUUCUAGCCCCAGCGAGCCCGGAGACAUCUGCUAGUGAACAUUCUUCUGCACUGCAAGCUGGACCAGUACCUACUCCAGAUCUAGCAGGACAGAGUGAUGAAUCCAAAAAUGUGGAUACAAAUACUACAGCAGUUGUGGAGACCCAGACAGCACCCGCCCCAGUAUCCUUCCCUCCCAAAUCAAAACAUGUUCUUGGAAAAUUGCAUUUUAAGAAACAGAUUCUCAGCGUUACUGUUAUUGAGGAUAACUCCAUUGUCAGCACUGCCUCAGCAGAGAUUUCGGAGCCAAUAGUCCUAUCUGAGUCAGAGAAAAUUAGUUCUUCAGCCAAGGUUGAAACUGAAACCUCAUUGCAGCAGUGUCACACAAACUCUGUCACUGACAGAUCCUCUGAAAAAGUUAUCAAAGAGGAAAUCCCUCAGGAGAAAUUAGACUCAUGCCUUAAAGGUCCUGUUUCUUCCCAUAUUGGGAAGGGAGAUUUGGAUUCUUCCAUUAUUUCUGAGCGUGAGGAAAACAGAAAAUCCCAGCCCCGAUCAGAUAGCACGCUUCCAGGUUCGGAGUCUGAUGGGGAUUCAAUCCUAACAUCAUCUAGCCAGAAGUCUAGUGACCUCAGAAAUAAGAUUAAAUCUGAAUGCAAGAGUAACGAAGCCAAAACAACCUCUAAUUCCAAAACGAAGGAGUUAGAAAAAUCCAGGCCUGAUAGGAAAGAAGAUGAAAAGGGGUCGAGUCGUGCAAAACCUGAACGUGACUCCAGGCACACAUCAUCAAGAUCUUCUCGUUCUGACAGAGACAGGAGAAGGACCAAAAGUCGGUCACGGUCUAGAUCUCGCGGUUGUCGAACUAGUUCAUAUUCCAGGUCUGAAAGAUCCAGGAGUGAGAGACAGUCAAGGUCAGAUAGGUCACAUUAUCAUGAUUCUGAGCGGAGGUCUCAUAGAAGUUCUCCUCAUCGUGAAAGGAGAAGCUCACGUUCACGAGCCGAUGGCAGGUCUCGUGACAGUUCUGACUCAGAGGAUGACCACCGGCGGACAAGGACUCGAGGUAGUGACUCAAGUCGAUCCUCCACUUAUUCUAGCUCACAAAAAGACUCAAAAUCAUCCACUCACACCAGAUCCCACAGGGACUCAAAACCCACAGAUUGUUCUCGAUCAUCUGAAUCGGACAAAAGAACACAGCAUUCAAAAUCAGAGCGAUCUCAUUUAAAAGCGAAAGACUCUGAAUCCAAUAGAAAGAGCUCUCCCGAUGCAGAAGCAGUUCAUAGGAAAUCCAGUUCCCACUCAAAAUCUGAGGUUAAUGCUAAAACCUCAAAUUCUAACCCAGCUACCUCAUGCCGAGCAUCUGAGAAAAAGGUCCAUAAAAACAGCUCUGACUCUGAUGAGGAGCGCAGAAAAAAACGUCAGCUACAAGGUUCAGACAGGUCAUCUGUGUCUGGGACUUCGUCUUCCAAAAACACUGAUUCAGCAGAUCACAAGAAUUUAAAUAAUGUAACUGGAACAGAGAGACAAUCAAAAGAAAGGUUAAGUAAUAAUACAAAGCAGUCACAGUUAACCCCCAACCCAGUUACUCCUCAGAAGGAAUAUAGCAACAUUAAUGACAGCUCUACUCCGCCUAAAUCUAAAUGCAUUUCUGAACAGAUGCAUGAAGCAACGCACAACGAUAAUUUGUUCAAAACAAAUCAACAAACUGAGCAUCAACCGCGAAACCAAGAGGAAAAGUGCACAGAUGUUCCUGAGAGUCACAAGAAAACUGAUAGACUGAAGGAAUCCACUUCCACAACAAAUAAAACUCUUGAAGUAAAAAGUUCCACUGAUGAACCUGGAAUUAAAAAUGAGAUUCCAAUCCAAAGUACAGCUCUGGCAGAAGGACUGAUGGACUCAUUUUGUUUAGGCCACACUCCAGAUCAGGAUUCAGUAGGAUCACUGGCAGACCCUCUUUCUGUGAAAGAAUUACCACCUGGAGGAUGCUUUAAAUUAAACACUAAAUUAGAUGGGCUUUUACCAAUCAGUAGUAAAGCCAGUGCUCAACUCUGUGAGAAAGAUUCUGAGCAGCAUUAUGGGAAUCCUGAACAACCCAUUAGUGGGAUUUGGAAAAAGGAUGGUAGUUCUAAAAAAUCCAGAUGGGAUAUUGUUGGUCAAGCCACUUCAGAAAAUCAAAGCCCUAUGAAAAUAGUGAAUCCAGAUAUGAAAAUGGUCAUUUCGGUAAAAAGAAUAGAGUUCGACAAUGAUACUACCCCUGAUGAAUCCUGCACACCGAAACGGGACUCUGAAGUACCAUCUGUAGAAGGACAAAAACAAGCGACAACCUCAGCUGAAUCUCACCAAAAAGUUAGUCCUCGUACAUCUGACCUUGCAACCCAACAUACUCAUUGUGAACUUCUAAAUCAGACUGUUGAACUUCCUCAAACAGCAAGUGCCCCUGUUGUUAGUGAUCCUCCCCUUAAUUGCAGUUCUGGUAGUAAAGACAAAAUCAACUUAGACAAACUAAAGCCUGAAACUCAAGACCCCGAUUCCUUAAACAAUGAUGGUAAAUGCCACAGUGAGGACAGUGAGAGCGAAGAAUCGGACUCUGAUUCAGAUGAUGCGCAUGUUUCUUUAAAGCGGCUGCACUCUGUGGUGGUUGUGCCAAAAAAUUCAACCCUUGCUCUUGAGACAAAUGACUUGACGGAACCUUCUCCCGGGUCCUCAGGGUUUUCUGCACAGCAACCGACUGAAACACAUGAAAGCAUUAAUAGGGAAUUUGGUUAUGGCUAUAACAAUCAGUCAAAGCUUGAGGAAUCAUCAGCACUUUUUAAGGCCAGUGCACAAGCUAGAAUGUUAAGUCCAAAUAUUAAAUGUGUCUCCUACCAAUCACAAAGCAACAUGGUUGACAGCACCAGCCACUCGGAGGCUACCAGUGCUCGUGUGGACAAGAACUGGAGUGCCCAAGAAAGACCAAAUAGUGUUCAGAUAAACCAAGCAUCACUUCAGAGUUUUGAAAAGACUUGUAUGCGACCUGAAUCGGAUCACCAUCAAUACCAUGAUAGACCAGAUAGCUGGAAUGGAAGGAAAGGAGGAAAGCAGCACUAUGGGAACUCCAAUGACUUAAACAAUGGGAAGAAUUAUGGCUUAGCCUGGGACUUCAACCAGUCAGAACAGCCCAGCACCACAUUUCAGCAACCGGACAGCAGUCAUGGCACUGAACACCUGCCUCAACCAGGAAUUGCUCUGUUUGAUGGUGGUCACACACCAGGUCCAUUGGCUCAGCCUGACAUCUCUAAAACCAUCAGACCAGUCAACGCACAUGUGCCUUUUCAGUAUCAUGAUUCAGUUAACCAGAUCCACCCAGACUCUCUGACCAAUGAUCAUGAUGAUGACAGGGUAGUAGGGAUCAAACAAGAAUCCAUCCUCUCUGCUCAUCUUCCAGGAUCAUCCACAUUUGUUCAAGCCCAUGAGAUAAGUAGCAAUUGCAGCUUCACCACAGAAAGCCAGAUCACCUCGGAAGCUCCUAGAGAAGACAACCAAAAGCCUCAUCGAGGAAGGGGUCCACCUAAGAAGAGACGUCCUGAGUUUGAAUCGGAAUCGGAUAAUGAGGCAGAGGCCGGUCUGACCAGUAAGAAGGAGUGUUUGGAUGAGAGCUCAAGGGUUUUGAAAGAUUGUAAGGUGGAGCGCCCACUGCUGAGUCGAAAAGAGUUCCUGGAUCCAGCUGUGUGGAGGGAAAAGGCAAAGCAGAAAAAAAUGCCACCUUACUUCGACCUCAUUGAAGAAAAUGUGUAUCUGACCGAACGCAAGAAGAAUAAGUCUCAUCGAGACAUCAAGCGAAUGCAGUGUGAGUGUGCUAUCCUCUCAAGGGAAGAGCGCGCCCGAGGAAUGAUGGCAUGUGGGGAGGAUUGCCUCAAUCGCUUGCUGAUGAUCGAGUGGUAAAUGUCCUGCUACUACAUCAUAGUAUUUGCUUUAUA